AUGGAGGUUGAGGUAUUCAAUUACUGGGGGAUUGAUUUUGUAGGUCCCUUUCCUUCUUCUUAUGGCUAUGAAUAUAUACUAGUGGUUGUUGACUAUGUCUCUAAAUGGGUUGAAGCAGUGGCUACCCCGCAUAAUGAUGCUAAGACUAUGCUGUACAAAGAAAGGAUCAAAAAGUAUCGUGACAAAAAGAUGCUCAGGAAGGACUUUCAGCCAGGACAACAGGUGUUGCUUUUCAACUCAAGACUUAAAUUGUUCCCUGGAAAGCUUAAAUCAAAAUGGUCUGGACCAUUUACCAUCAAGAAAGUUCGACCAUAUGGAGUAAUGGAGCUUUGUGAUCCUCAAUCUAAAGAUCCUGACAGGACAUGGGUAGUGAACAAACAAAGGUUGAAGCAAUAUCAUGGUGGAGCUAUGGAAAGAUUGAACACUAUUCUACACUUCAAACCAGGAUAA